AUGGGUGAUGUUUUAAUUUUUUUCAAGCCUGUAGACGCGAAUGAUAACGCCUUUUGGGCGCAGUUUUGGACGGAUGUCUCAAUUAGUGUACAAGAUAUAUUCGUUCUCAUUCCAGCUGCAGAAAUCCGUGCCCUUCGAGAAGAGUCGCCAAACAACCUCGCUACUCUUUGUUAUAAAGCAGUUGAGCUUACGAUUUCAAAAGCUCUGAAUUGCAUCCGACUACUCACUCGAAUAUUGCCUUAUAUAUUUGAAGAUCCAGAAUGGCGAUCAUUUUUUUGGUCUGCUCUUCCAUCAGAACCCGAAUCCGCUGUUGAUGAUCUCUUGUUCUGCCCCGAUUUCACGGUUCACUCGAUUUCCAAAUCCGGACCGGUAAGUGAACUGUUUGGUUAUUUCAUCCAGUUCUGUAAUGUCCGUAAUACCGUGAUUAUCUGUGGUAUUACUAUAUUAUGUUUUAUUUCACUACUAAAACCCCACGGCACAGUGAUCUUUAUAUCAAUGAAAUUCUGUAAUUAG